UGAAAUAACAAAUAAAUGGCAGGAGAAGGAAAGAAGAUUUCCUUCGGUUUUGCGAAAUCUAUUAAGAAACCUGUGUUAAAAAAUGCUAUUCCACAAGAAAAAAAGAAUGUCGAUUACAUUGAAUGCCUUGAUGAAAAAGGUAUUAAAGUAAUAGGUGAGGAAGAAAAAAAAGAUGAACCUCUAAUUAUUCCAUUACUAGGUUCAAAAACCUGGCAUGAUAGAAUUGUUAAUAAAAUAGAUGCAGACAUUUUCCUUCCGAAGGCAGAUAAGGAAAAGGUAGGAGACGCUAGUGUUAACGAGGCAAAAUCAAUGCUAUCUAAUGGAAAAACAUCGCCAAUAAUAUCAAUAAAGAAAGAGCCAGUUGAAGAUAGUGAAAAUAAAGUUGUUACUUUAGAAGAGCAAGCGACGAAAGAAAUCAUUGAGGAACUUAAGUCAAAGAAUAAAUAUGAAAUUAAAACAAAUGAUUUAACUUUACCUUUAGUAGAAGAUGAAUCAUUAAGAGGCAAAGAACAGUCUACGUUAGAAGAUUAUGAAAAAAUUCCUAUUGAUGCUUUUGGUGUAGCAAUGUUACGGGGAAUGGGGUGGCAACCAGGAAAGGGAAUUGGUUGAAAUGAAAAAUUAGAAGCACG